GUCAUUGCUUUCUCCUCCUAUUGCUUCUUCUGCGGAAUCCCUUUCUCAUGGUUUAGCCACUUCUCUCUCUACACUCCCCUCCUUACUUUCUCUCUCUAAAUUCCAUUAAUUCUUAGAUCUCUGCUUUUACUUUUUCUUUUUCUUAUCAAAUUUCAUCCAUUAAUCCUCAAUGCUCACGCCGAGUUUUUAACAGAUGGGUGUUAUUGGAAAUAAAUUCGAAGAGAUAGAUUUGUAGAGUGGUUUGGUUAGAUGAUAAGAGCUGGUUGCAGCUUGUAGAAGCUGCACUUAAGCAUGUUGAUAGUAUUUUUGCUGAUAUUCAACCAUUCUUAUGAUGACCUUUGGGUUCCAGUCCAUGUUGUAUAUAACAAGCUACAGUUUAGCAGUAAACCAUAUGUGCAAGUUUGCUACUCACACUCUUUUGAUAGAGUAGACACUUAUAAUAGGAGGUUCUUAGAAGUCCAUUGACAAGUUUUUGAUUGUCAUCUUCUAAAAUUUAACAAUGGAAAGAUAUAAAUUUUUGGAAGAGCUCGGUGAUGGUACUUGUGGUUGCGUGUUUAAAGCGAUCAAUACAGAAACAUAUGAAGUUGUUGCCGUGAAGAAAAUGAAAAGGAAGUUCUAUUUCUGGGAAGAAUGCAUGAACUUGAGAGAAGUAAAAGCCCUCCGUAAAUUAAAUCACCCAAAUAUCAUAAAACUGAAGGAGGUUGUCCAAGAGAACAAUGAGCUAUUCUUCAUCUUUGAGUUUAUGGAAUACAAUCUAUAUGAAAUCAUGAGACGACGAGAAAGACCUUUUACAGAGGAAGAAAUACGAAGUUUCAUGUCUCAGUUGCUCCAAGGGCUUGCUCACAUGCACAAGAAUGGAUAUUUUCAUCGAGAUCUAAAACCUGAGAAUUUGCUGGUGACAAAUGAUGUUCUUAAAGUUGGUGACUUUGGACUAGCUAGAGAAGUCUCAUCUGCACCUCCCUAUACUGAAUAUGUUUCCACACGGUGGUACCGUGCUCCUGAAGUCUUGUUGCAGUCCUCAACAUAUACUCCGGCAGUUGAUAUGUGGGCAGUUGGCACAAUACUGGCUGAGCUGUUUACAUCAUCCCCUAUUUUUCCUGGUGAAAGUGAAAUAGAUCAACUGUACAAGAUAUGCUGUGUUCUUGGUACACCUGAUUGGACUACAUUCCCUGGAGCUACUAAUAUCUCAGGGUUGAUGAAUAUUUGUUAUUCAGAGGUAUUACCUGCCAACCUAUCUGACAUCAUUCCCAACGCUAGCUUGGAAGCCAUUGAUUUGAUCACGCGAUUAUGUUCAUGGGAUCCAUUAAAGAGGCCAACUGCUGAGCAAGCAAUGCAACAUCCAUUUUUCCAUGUGGGCAUGUGGGUUCCUCAUCCGAUCUGUGAUCCUCUUGAGCUGAAGCUAAAUAGUAUGGCAGGAGCAAAGCCAAAUCUUGAGUUAAAUCUGUGGGAUUUUAGUGAACCUGAUGACUGUUUCCUUGGCUUGACUUUGGCUGUGAAACCCAGCAUUUCAAACAUGGAUUCUGACCACAAUCUUUCUCAUGGUGUGGAGGAGAAUUUUCUGUUUUGCUCUGAUUACAGAGAUCAUCAAGAACAAUCAGUGUUCUGGUCUCUGGUAUCUCAUAAUCAAAGUGGACUUCACCCUCUGGUUGAUUCACAAUUGUCGUUGUCAUUCAGUUCAAUCCAGCAUCCAUCGAUGGUUCCUCAAUCAUCUGGGUUUACAAUUACAUCAAUGCAGCCUAACAUGUUAGAUUAUCCAUUAUUGGCAAUGUCCUCCCCCAUUCAACAAAGCCGUUACCUUUGACCGGCAUCGGUCGUAGAGCAAGGAGGGCGUAUAAAUAAUUUGUAAUUAAUACUUGGUAAAACUAUUUGAUUUUGUAAAGCUCUUUAGUAGUUUAUUUGUGGCUUGAUGCAAUUGCAAGCAUUACCAUGCAGAAUUAGAAUACACUGGACAAAAUUUGCUAGGAAAAAGGUGUCAACUGACUUGAGUUUAUUUAGAGGUGCCUCAUCAUCUUGGUGCAUAAAUUUUUCAAAAUCUUCUGGUACAGAGCACUAUUAUAAAAUUUGUACAAAUUCACAUGACAAUUGAAAUGUCUUGAAAAUGUAAUCUAUUAUUUUAUUUUA